ACGCUGCACAACGGGACGGUCGUCUUGUUGUUAUACAGCCAUGCCUUAAUGUUGUUGAGUGAAAUGCUCUAAAAUUAAGAGGUCAUUGUAGAAAGCCAGAUCAGUAGAAAUAAUCACUGGAUCAAUAAUGGUAACGCGAUCAAUGCCCACCGCAGAGAGUCAGGCGGUCGGGCGAAUUAGUUGUUUGGAACACCUCCCCAUGGGGUCAAACCCAGCAGAGAGUAGGAGGCAGACCGUUUGGGAAAGGGAAUGCAUCAAGGUGUAAACAAUUAACAAGACACGUCGCUCCUGCUUUUGUCACUAUGUUGACGUUUUCAUCCACUCAGAUAUGGAGAACAGCCCGUAUUUUAAACAAAAGCAGACUAAAGUCUUCAGCCCUGAGUAUGGCCGGUAGGUCUAUCUCCAGAGGUGCUGCUCCAGGCUCAAUGUGUGACGCUGAGACCAUCUUUGCGUUGUCGUCAGGCCACGGCCGGUGCGGGGUGGCCGUGGUGAGGGUGAGUGGCCCUGCCUCCUCCACAGCCCUGAGGAGCAUGGCGGGACUGACCAGCGCAAUGCCUCCUCCCCGCCGGGCACUGCUGCGCACUAUCACAGACCCGCGCUCCACAGAAGCGCUGGACCGCGGACUGAUUCUCUGGUUUCCAGGGCCGCAGAGUUUCACCGGAGAGGACAGUGCAGAGUUCCACAUCCAUGGUGGUCCUGCUGUUACCUCUGCUGUCCUUCAGGCCCUUGGAAGCCUGGCUGGCUUGAGGCCAGCGGAGGCGGGGGAGUUCACACGACGGGCCUUCCACGCAGGAAAGCUGGACCUAACGGAGGUGGAGGGCCUCGGGGACCUGAUCCACGCGGAGACAGAGGCCCAGAGGAGGCAGGCUGUCAGGCAGAUGUCUGGGGAGCUGGGGCGCCUCUACCAGGACUGGGCCUCCCGACUCAAGCGGUGCCUGGCCCACAUCGAGGCCUUCAUCGACUUCAGCGAGGAUGAGCUCAUCGAAGACGGCGUCAUAAGUCAAGUGGACGGGUGGGUGUGCGCCCUGCAGGGGGAGCUGGAGGGUCAUCUGAAGGACGAGCGGCGAGGCGAGAGGCUCCGCAGCGGCGUCCAGGUGGUCAUCGCCGGAGCCACCAACGCCGGGAAGAGCAGCCUGCUCAACGCUCUCUGCCAGCGUCCGGCGGCCAUCGUGUCCCCGGUGGCCGGGACCACCAGGGACGUGGUGGAGACGGCGCUGGACAUCGGGGGCUUCCCCGUUCUGCUGAGUGACACGGCGGGCUUGAGGGACAGCCCCGACCCUGUGGAACAAGAGGGCGUCCGCAGGGCGAGGGAACGGGUGCAGCAGGCGGACCUGGCCCUGGUGGUGGUGGACUGCACCCUGCUGCCCCCAGACCCCCAGCAGGCCCCUGCCUUCCUCCAGGGGUACAUCCACAGUGUGCUCCCCCCCCAGGAGGAGCCUGACCCAGUGAGGUGUGUGCUGGUGCUGAACAAAGCGGACCUGCUCCCCGAGCAGCGCAGGGGGCAGCUGGAGCGGGCGCUGGCGGGGGCCGCCCUGCCCCCCCGAGGCACCGCCCUGCCCCCCCGAGGCACCGCCCUGCCCCCCCGAGGCACCGCCCUGCCCCCCUGGUGCCUGGCGUCCUGCCACUCCGCCGCCGGGCUGCAAUCUCUGCUGGAGGAGCUGCAGGCCGGGCUGAAGGCUCUGUGUGGGGACCCCCUGGCCGCUGGGCCCCCCAGCCUGACACAGGCGCGGCACCGGGCCCACCUGACGCAGUGCGUGGCGGCGCUGCAGCAGUACCAGCGCCUCCGGGACCGGGACCUGGCGCUGGCGGCGGACGGCGUGCGGCUGGCCCUCAGCAGCCUGGGCCGCAUCACGGGCCGGGUCGGCGCCGACGAGAUCCUGGACAUCGUCUUCAGAGACUUCUGCAUCGGGAAGUAGAGGCCAGGAAGUAGAGCGAGGGCAGGAAGUAGAGCCAUCAGGAGCAGGAAGUAGAGCCACCAGGGGCAGGAAUUAGACUAACCAGGGGCAGGAAGUAGAGCCACCAGGGGCAGGAAGUAGAGCCACCAGGGGCAGGAAUUAGACUAACUAGGGGCAGGAAGUAGAGCCAUCAGGAGCAGGAAGUAGAGCCACCAGGGGCAGGAAGUAGAGCCACCAGGGGCAGGAAGUAGAGCCACCAGGGGCAGGAAGUAGAGCCACCAGGGGCAGGAAGUAGAGCCAUCAGGGGCAGGAAGUAGAGCCACCAGGGGCAGGAAUUAGAGCCACCGGGGGCAGGAAAUAGAGCCAGCGGGGGUAAGAGGUAGAGCCAGCAGGGGCAGGAGGUAGAGCCAGCAGGGGCAGGAGGUAGAGCCAGCAGGGGCAGGAGGUAGAGCCACCGCCAGGGGCAGGAGGUAGAGCCAGCAGGGGCAGGAGGUAGAGCCAGCAGGGGCAGGAGGUAGAGCCACCGCCAGGGGCAGGAGGUAGAGCCAGCAGGGGCAGGAGGUAGAGCCAGCAGGGGCAGGAGGUAGAGCCACCACCAGGGGCAGCUCUCAGACACUCCACCACUCAAAGAAAAGACAGUUCUUGGACUAAUAUGAAGUCUUUGGAAUAAGGUAUUGCUGUGAUUGAGAAUGAUUGAUUGGGGCCCUGCUUAUAGCCCCCCUGGGGCCCUGCUUAUAGCCCCCUGGGGCCCUGCUUAUAGCCCCCCUGGGGCCCUGCUUAUAGCCCCCCUCGGGGCCCUGCUUAUAGCCUGCUCGGGGCCCUGCUUAUAGCCCCCCUGGGGCCCUGCUUAUAGCCCCCUCGGGGCCCUGCUUUUAGCCCCCCUGGGGCCCUGCUUAUAGCACCCCCUCGGGGCCCUGCUUAUAGCCCCCUGGGGCCCUGCUUAUAGCACCCCCUCGGGGCCCGUCUUAUAGCCCCCUGGGGCCCCCAGAUCCAGAUGGCCAUACCUCGCCGCAGGCUGUAUUAUCCAUUUAGUCUCGGUACUUUUUGUUUCAGUGUCUAAAUAUCCUUCGGGAAGAAUACAUUCAAUUGUAAAAUGAGUUAAGCAUACAGCCAGCCAGUAUUCAGUUGGAGACAGGGUUGUUAUUUUUUGCUGUGAGGAUGAAGCCAUAAAGGUCAUGCUGACCCACAUCACGCUUUGCUCUGUGGGAUGCAGACGUUUUUUGUAUUUACUUUGGAGGUAAACCUCGCUGUCUUUUGUUCUCCUGUCAAUUUGUCCUCGAUGGAAUAUUUAUGUUUCCUCCCUGAACCCCCCCCCCCCCCCCCCCCCCCUUCCAACGCCUUCUGCUGCUCGACCAGCCGUCAUCUCUGACGACAUCAUCUCUGGCACACACACUAACUCGCACAGAAUCCAUUUGAAAUAUGAAUUGUUUUGUAUUGACUUCUUCUGCUGCCUGUUAAUCUCUUCCACUCGGUGACUCUUGCUCACUUGCGUCACGGUCUCGGCGUUGACUCGUAACAUGCGUUAAAUGACGAGCCAUGACGAGAUGAGGAGGGCUGUUCCAUAAAUCAGAGACACUAAAAGGGGCCAACAGCACAGCUUUGAAGUAACACUUUAAAAUCCCUUGGAGACCAUUUCUAUGUUUCAGCAGAGGAAAUAUUUCAUUUUAUAGGUCCUGAAAUAUCAGGAUGAUGAAAGCUUUACAUCAAUCCGCUCAUGACUCAAAUGAGAUGGCAAAAUUGUAUGUGUGUAAAAUAUAGAUAUAUAUGUUAAGACAUUUGCCAAAAGUUGAAUGCGUUUGUAAUGAAGAAAGUGUGAGUUUGCUGACGGUUGUAAAACCCCCAGCCCUGGUUGAUGGCCGUACUUAUUGAACAUGAACCCUAUGGAGAAACCAACAUGUUAUUUUCGAAUCGGGAAACAGACACGUUGUGGACAAUGCCAAGUACAAGUUGUUUGUGCAUCUUGUGCCUAUAUGCAGAUACACACUGGAAACACGCUCCCAUGUCGACACAAAGGAUUUCCUGAUAACACUUCACCUGCUGACAGACCCCUCAGCACAGCGCUCACCGAGGGCUGCUUGUUUGCGCGUUCAUCUUAAUUUAGAUCCUUUGCUUACGCAGAGGCCAAGUGCCUCUUAAAUCUUCCUGACAGAGAGCCGGCCGUAGUGAGGGCCAUGACUUUAUGUAAACCUCUUGAAGCUUCAGACGUGAUCAGAUGGAACCAAAAAUUCCUACUACACUUUAAUGCUCAGACCACAGUCUAUAUCAACAUGCAUAAUGCCAGUGGAAGGGGAAGAUCAACCAAUCAGGAUAUGACUGAGUUCACGUGCUGAAUGAAGUGGUGUUUCAGUGUUUCCCAGAGGUAUUUAAUGGUUUGUUAAAAGAUGUUUAUCGAUUUGAUGAGUUUGAUGCCGUGGAUUGGAUAAGUGUACAGAUUUAGAGGACAGACAAGCAUUAAAGGUUGACGGUUUCAGUGUUAUUGCUGGACCAAAGCUG